CUGAUGAAAAACGAAAAGCACAAAAACAACGGCUAAAGCACAGGCAAAAAGCGCCGGUGAUGGUUAAAUUAUCAGUACAAAAAAUUCGCCAAUGUCUAUUUAAAACCUAAAUCCAAGCACGCCCUCGACGCCCCAAGGAUUGUGCCCCCAGGACCGACUGGGGCGAUCCACAGAGUCACCCGAUCAGGAGUAGUUACGCCCGCAAUUCGUUGUCCCCCCGUUCUAUUUGCCCCGCAUGACGUACAUAGGUUUGCGCUAAAAGUGAAACCACGGAGCACCCCCAACAAUAGAAAACAACCGAUUGCAAUCUACAUAUAGUCUGAUAGUGACGCAGCGCGCCGUGAUGCUGAUGCGCGGCGUGCAGAUCCUGCAUCGAAGACACCAGCAGUUUGGAAGGGCCUUCAGCCAGUGCUCCUUGCGUCAUGAUGCAGGCAAUCCUUGGCGGCGGAAUGACAGCGAGUCCUUCAAACCACAUCCCUGGAAGCGGCCCAGCAUGUUCCUCCAGUUUCGCUGCACUGCCGGUGGCAGUGAUUCUAAAAAGAAGGAGCAACCGGUGCUGGAGGAGACCACCGCUGGUCCAGAGGCCCAACCGAAGGAAAAGCAAACGAAGAACUUUGAGGUAAAGACGUCCAAGGGAAUCCUAUCUAUCAGCACCACUAUCGAGGACUCCAAGAUCAAUGAGAUUGUGUUUGAGAAAUCCGAUCUGCCUUCGGUGACCAAGCUCAAUGAACCGGCCUUGGCCGCAGGGGCCAUCAGUCUGCGUUCCAGCUCCACUGCAGCAGGGGGUGGUGCAGUGGGGAUGGGAGGAGGUUCACCUAUGAAUCCUACUGAAACCAUGCCACUAACAGCACCAGGUCCAACUGCAAUAACUUUGGAUGCAGCUGCGCUAGCCGAAAAGACCGGAGAUAUCCCUUCUAAAUCCCCACCAGCAGAGGGACCGCCUCCGAUGCCCGUGAUUCCUCCCAAGCGACCUCGAUUCGACUAUCGCGCUUCAUUGGAGCGCAACUUUGUGACCCCCAAUCGGGCCAUAAGCGAUUUCUUGCUGACCGCUACGGACCUCGAAAGCCUGCCCAAAAUCAAACGGAGAUCACCGUACGAACAAGAGCCAGUGAUUAUAAAACGACCGGCAGAAAACAGCUGUUGAGCCAGUGCUGACAAAAGCUUAAAGCUUUUAUCGAUAUAUCAUCGAUAGCACUCAGCAGAAAGUUAUGAAAACAAUAGAUUAGUUCUGAAAAAUGUAACCAAUUGAAAUUUCAUUUUUCAUUUUUUUCAUUCAUUCAUUUGCUGUGGGCUUUUAAUUUUGAAAAGUCUUUAUUUAGUCUAGUUGGUUACAUCUUUUAGAAUGGUCAACCACACCAAUUCUAGCAUUCCAUUAAAUUGCCAUUUUGCUAUAUCUAGCUGAUUAAUAUUGAUAUUACAAAUAUCAAUCUGAUAUGAAAGUACAUCAGUUGGAUAUUAAAAAAUACUACAAUUUGGU